CCGUUCACACGAGGGUUAUCCAUCUCUGCAUGCCAACUCAAAGAUAUAAUGAAGCUUUAAUUUGUUAUGCUUUAUAUGCAUUCUUUCUCAUUCAGCGAUGGAGGUUUCUCUCUGGUUGACGUUAGCUGCUACUUGUGUAUUACUGCUGUCUCCACAUUUCACUUUGGGACAAGACGAAGGGUUAAUAGAAAUAACAGCUGGAAACUCACUUGUAAUAUCUGGAAAAGAAAGUGCAAGGAUUCAAUGUUUAGCAAGAGGGGGCGGAAGUGAAGAUGUAAAUUUACGAUGGUAUGGGCCCAAUGGACAGCACAUAGGUUCUAACUUUGCAGACAGGGUAUAUGCUGUUAGUUUCGCAAGAAAAUCUCUGUCAGUGAUUAUCAAAAGUGUUUUAGAACAGGAUUCUGGAGAGUAUAUUUGUAAUGGAACAAUAAAUGGAAAACCAAAGAGCAACAAAAUUUCAGUCCAUGUCAAUAUGCCUCUAGAAAUUACAGAAGAUAUGGCCCCUAGGUCACAGGAACUAAAGGAGAAUACUCUAGGUUUGAUUAAGUGCACUGCACCUAAGGAAUAUGGAAUUUAUUUUACAAAGAAUGGCAGAACUAUAACUCAAGAACAUCCUAGGUAUGCACAAGUGCCAGAGGGUCUAGAAAUCAGCAGAGUAAACCACAGUUUGGAUGAGGGAACAUUUGUUUGCGUGGUAUCUGGAUCCGGCCGUAUUAAGUUUAUCAAUAUAAAAGUUACAGUGCUGGGUCGUCCAAAAAUAAUAACUUCUCCGAGUGCUGGAGAGGUCGUGGAAGGAAAUGACUACCGCUUCGUGUGCAGAGCUACAGGAAGGCCCUCUCCAAAGUACCAUUGGUUUAAGGAUGAAAGUAAUUAUGAACUAGGAGGAGAAAGGUUUGAGGCUGACAAGCAGACAGGGGAUUUGAUCAUUAAACAGUCGAGGAAGGAUGACGAAGGUCUAUACAGAUGUGAAGCCAAGAAUAAAGUUGGCGUGGUCAAUGCAAUAACACGGCUUAUUGUCAUAAAUCUGCAAAAUGAUAAUGAGAAAAACCUUACGUCAAAUACAUCUAGCUGUGAACAGGUGCUUGACGACCUAUGCUCUCCACCAUCAUACGCUCAGUCUGAGAAGAGAACCCUGGACAUGUUACAACAGGACGUAUUGCGGCUGGAGAUAAAGAAGACUGAGACCGAGAUAGAAGUUCUGAAAGUACAAAAACUCAAAUUUCAGGAGGAAAUUGAUUUGUUAAGGCUUCAAAAAGAAAAGUUGAGGGGAGAACCGAAUAAACCAUAACUUCUGUUAUGUGUUUUAUUUGAUACGACCAUAUAAUGUUAACUCCUUUACAUUUUUAUAGUAUUUGUUAUAACUUUUUCUUUAAGUGCAUUGAAAGUGUAAUACAUAAAAAUUAAAAUAUA